AUGGAAACAGCAUUUUCUAAGACAGUUGAUGAAGUUUUAAAUCAUUUCGAUUCAGAUCCAGAAACUGGUUUAAGUGAUGAUCAAGUUAAAAAACAAACUGCAAAAUUUGGUCCAAAUGAACUUCCUGCUGAAGAAUCUAAAGCAAUUUGGCAACUUGUCCUUGAACAGUUUGAUGAUUUACUUGUUAAAAUUUUACUAUUGGCCGCAAUUAUCUCAUUCGUACUUGCUUUAUUUGAAGAAAAUGAAGAAAGUAUAAGUGCAUUUGUAGAGCCACUUGUUAUUCUGCUUAUAUUGGUCGCUAAUGCUGUAAUUGGUGUCUGGCAAGAACGUAAUGCUGAAUCGGCUAUUGAAGCAUUAAAAGAGUAUGAACCGGAGAUAGCUAAAGUAUUUCGAAAAAGUCAUUAUGGUAUUCAACGAAUUAAAGCCAGAGAAUUGGUACCAGGUGAUAUUGUUGAAGUAUCAGUUGGUGAUAAAGUACCGGCUGAUAUGAGAAUAAUAAAAAUUAUGAGUACAACAUUAAGAGUGGAUCAAUCCAUUUUAACUGGUGAAUCUGUAUCUGUAAUUAAAUUCACUGAAGCUGUACCAGAUCCAAGAGCGGUUAAUCAAGAUAAAAAGAAUAUUUUAUUUAGUGGAACUAAUAUUGCAGCUGGUAAAGCAAGAGGUAUAGUAGUUUGUACUGGUCUUAUGACUGAAAUUGGUAAAAUUCGUAAUCAAAUGAUGGAUACAGAACCAGAUAAAACACCAUUACAACAAAAAUUAGAUGAAUUUGGACAACAGUUAUCAAAAGUUAUUUCAAUUAUUUGUGUCGCUGUAUGGGCAAUUAAUAUCGGACAUUUCAAUGAUCCAGCACAUGGUGGUUCUUGGCUAAAAGGUGCUAUUUAUUAUUUUAAAAUUGCUGUCGCCUUAGCUGUUGCUGCUAUUCCUGAAGGUUUGCCAGCUGUGAUUACAACGUGCUUAGCAUUGGGCACACGUAGAAUGGCUGCUAAAAAUGCUAUUGUCCGUUCACUUCCAUCGGUUGAAACAUUGGGUUGUACAAGUGUUAUUUGCUCCGAUAAAACAGGUACACUGACUACAAAUCAAAUGAGUGUAUGCAGAAUGUUCAUCUUUUCUAAAGCUGAUGAUAAAGCACCAGAAGUGCAUCACUUUGAAAUAACUGGAUCUAAAUAUGCACCAGAAGGUGAAGUAUUUUUAAAUGGUCAAAAAGUUGAAUCUGGUGAAUAUGAUGGGCUUGUUGAAAUUGCAAAUAUUUGUGCCAUGUGCAAUGAUUCAGCUAUUGAUUAUAAUGAAUCUAAACAUGUUUAUGAAAAAGUUGGUGAAGCGACAGAAACUGCAUUAUGUUGUUUGGUUGAAAAGAUGAAUGUUUACAAAACUUCAAAAUCUGGAUUAUCCAAGAAAGAUUUAAGUAUGGCUUGCAAUCAUCAAAUUCAGGCCAUGUGGAACAAAGAGUUCACUCUAGAAUUUUCACGUGAUCGUAAAUCAAUGUCUGUUUACUUGCAAGCUAAACCAGCGUUUUCAUCCAAAGUCCCAGCUACUGCAGGUUCCGGAGAGACAGGACCUAGAAUGUUUGUUAAAGGUGCGCCUGAAGGUGUAUUGGAUCGGUGCACAUUUGUACGUAUAGGCAAUAAGAAAGUACCCAUGACACCUGCAUUGAAAGCUGAAAUAGUGAAACAUGUAGCAUCUUAUGGAACUGGUCGUGAUACGCUAAGAUGUUUAGCUUUAGCAACGUGUGAUGCGCCAGUGAACAAAGCACAGAUGGAUUUGGAAGAUUCGACUAAAUUUGUUAAAUAUGAACAAAAUUUAACAUUUGUUGGAGUUGUCGGUAUGUUGGAUCCACCACGUAUGGAAGUAUUUGACAGUAUAGCAAGAUGUCGUAAAUCUGGUAUACGUGUUAUUAUGAUAACUGGUGAUAAUAAAGCAACAGCUGAAGCUAUUUGUCGACGUAUUGGUAUUUUCGGUGAAGAUGAACCAACUACGGGGAAAUCUUUUACAGGACGUGAAUUUGAUGCAUUACCAAUUGAAGAACAAAGAGAAGCAUGUAGACGAGCAAGAUUAUUUGCACGUGUUGAACCUAUGCAUAAAAGUAAAAUUGUAGAAUUUCUUCAAGAAGAUGGUGAAGUAUCUGCUAUGACCGGUGAUGGUGUAAAUGAUGCACCAGCAUUGAAAAAAGCAGAAAUUGGCAUUGCUAUGGGAAGUGGUACAGCUGUAGCUAAAUCAGCAGCUGAUAUGGUAUUAGCUGAUGAUAAUUUCAAUUCUAUUGUUUUGGCUGUUGAAGAAGGACGUGCUAUUUAUAAUAACAUGAAACAAUUUAUUCGUUAUUUAAUUUCAUCAAAUAUUGGUGAAGUUGUCAGUAUCUUUUUGACUGCUGCAUUGGGUCUACCUGAAGCACUGAUUCCAGUACAACUACUUUGGGUCAAUUUAGUCACUGAUGGUUUACCAGCUACAGCUUUGGGAUUUAAUCCACCUGAUUUAGAUAUUAUGGAACGUCCACCACGAAAUAUUAAAGACCCUUUAAUUUCUGGUUGGUUAUUUUUCCGUUAUGUUGCAAUUGGUGUUUACGUUGGAUGUGCAACAGUUGGUGCAGCUGCUUGGUGGUUCAGUCUUUAUCCUAAAGGACCACAAUUGAAUUACUAUCAGUUGACUCACCAGUCUCAGUGUCUAGCUCAGGAAUCUCGUUUUGAGGGUGUAGACUGUUCUAUCUUCAGUCAUCCAAAGCCUAUGACAAUGGCUUUAUCUGUUCUGGUUCUUAUUGAAAUGUUAAACGCUAUGAACAGCCUUUCAGAGAAUCAAUCACUGGUUGCUAUGCCUCCAUGGGUAAAUAUCUGGCUUGUACUGGCUAUGAUUGUUAGUAUGUCAUUGCAUUUCUUGAUUUUAGAAGUUGACUUUCUCUCAAAAGUCUUUCAAAUCACUCCAUUAUCAUUGGAAGAAUGGUUUAUGGUAGUUAAAAUCUCCGCACCAGUAAUAUUUAUUGACGAAAUAUUAAAAUUAAUUGCCAGGCGGUUUACGGAUGGUACGUUUAGUGUCAUUCUAGCUUUUUAAUUUUACAUUAUUAUCUAUUUUAACAAGCGUUUUUUUUUCAUUAAUUUAUAAUUUGUAACUUGUUUUCCUCAUCUUAUAACCUUUUUAACAUAUAACUAGACGCUAAGAUAUCUGUAUAGAUACUAUGAGAGAAACUGUUUUCUUAUAGUUACAUACCAUUCACA